AUGCUGUUUGACGACUUACCUGAACCAGUCGCUGAGAGUUUGAUCCCUUUAUUCUUUUUCACGCAAUGCAGGUAAAGCACAAAAGCGAAUAUUAGACCCCUCGGAGCCGGAGAAUACUGCUGUUGAUGAACCGAAGAGACCCUCGCUUCGUAAGCGUUGAAUCGCAUUCCGAAUUCAGAAGGUUUAUUUCGAGUUUUAGCCGCUCGUGCCGCUCAGAAGGGUGAAAGGCCGGAGAUGCAAGAUGAGAGCUUGGUCAACUUGGACUUCCGCGAAACCAUGCAGAGUAGAAUUUCAGGUGAAGUGUAGGAAUUGCUUUUGAACCCAACUGGACCCAUCAUUUACGCGUUUUACAGCCAAAGGGUCAACCUCUUUGCCGUGUUUGAUGGCCAUUCUGGUGCGCGGGCGGCCUCUUUUGCUAAGAGAACUCUCCCGAUGAAGUUAUCUCAGCGUUUCCCGUCCGGUACCUCACUCGCAUAAGUGUUAAUACCUCUUACCAUCAAAUCUCUCUACCAUAGGUGGCAUGGCUCAGAUCGAAAAGGAUAUCAAACGAAUAAUUGUCGACGCAUACAAGACAACUGACGAGGAAUUUUUGAAGGAGGCCACGAGACAGUAUGUCGUUCAUAAAAACGUUAUUGGCAUGAUGUGUAGACUCCUCUUUCCGCUCUGUAAAGCAGUUUUGACCCUUGAUUCGCGGUAUGGUAUCUAUCUGUGGCUUUUGUUAGUUUUCUGCGGUGGAGUUUACCAAUUUUGUGUCAGGGGCUAGUGCCUUAACAAAUGUUUUCUAAUGAAUCUUACAAAAUAGAGCGUUUUCGAGAAAAAGUAUGUAGGUAGAAUUGCUGAUUUGAUUCAGCUUAUCGGUGUGCUAACCCCAUGAGUUUGUUAAGUGAUUAGUUAUACUAACUGCCCACACAACACAAGGGGGUUUGGGACGCUAAAGUAAGCAUUUAAUCAUGUCCAAGGAGCCGCUCACAAAUAAGCUGACCGUCAUGCUUUUUAUGUUUGAGGCGAAGGCUAUUUCGUCACGGUCUCUAUUUUACUGAACAUGGCGGUUUUAUCACUUGCAUCCUUGCGAUUGGGAACAGCGAAACGUAGAGUAACUUUAAUCGUGACUCGGCCUUGAUUACAUCCCACUGUCCAAGAUGGAUGGCUCUGUGGCACAUAACGUUACUCUUGAACUUUACGGAAGCACAAGCUGACAGCAUGUUGAGACCCACUUAUACCGAUCAAGGAUUCAUACAGGUAAUCCCCUGCAUCCCGAUUAGCACUUAAUUCAUAAAGCGCAUCCACCGUACAAGUAAAUAUCAUAUAAACAAGCACAAGGAUAACUUCGACUAAUGAGCGAGCUUAGCUUCGAGUCUUAAGUUGGGAAGAUCCUUAACUUUGCGACUACUCCAAAGAAGCAUAAUUACCCCCAGGCUAGUUUACGAUUAAACAAAAAAUACUACCAUGGGAAUGUAAACACUUCGACCUUAACUCAGUCUGUUAUAAUCGACGAAUUCCUCCCUACUGACCCUUUUCUUUCACUUUAUCCACUAGACCGCUCAGCCGGAACCAGCCUCACUAUACUGGUUCGUAUAGUGAGCUUGGAAGGCUGCGAAGUGGUCGCGUAACUCACUCCUCAUAGAGGUAUCUUAUAGUGACUGGGAGACUGAAAAUCUGGCUGAAAUGACACCUUCGUGUGGUUUUUAUGGUACUCAUGCACAUGUAGUAUCCAAGUUGCCUGUGCCAAAGCCUGGUACAUGCUGUGGAGACCAGGUCCUGUGUGGCACACGCGGACGAACUGUCCAACCGUGACGGCCAAUGUGCCCGCGCCCACAUCCGAUCGUCUUGACUUUGCUCUGUCAUCACAUCAGAGUGGGUGAGAGAAGGGAGUGCGGCAGAUGCGGCGCAAGUCUGCUCCACUAUAAAUUAACUCUUGCACAACUCACAGGUGCUGUAUAGCGACCGAGAAUAUUGAGGAUAUCACAGACGGAUUAAUAUAGUGCACCUUGGGUAGAUUCCAGCGCAGAAAUAACUUAACAGGAUUGUUGAUCAGGUUUUCGUGAAUAUACAGACGGAUAGAGUAGAAAGGAGUUAGAUGUACGACAAUGUCUUGCUAAAGACAGAAGAAGCUUUAGAUAUAAUACAACAGUAGAUAAUACUAGAAACGAGGGUCUGUCGCAUCAUGGAAUGUUCCGUCUGAUUGUGGGGAUGACAUCGACUUAUAAUCUAAAAAACCGACGGAGAGUACAGCUCAAUGGGCAACUGCGCAAAAGGGCCGUGGGAGGUGCUUACGAGGGAAAAUAGAGAGCGUUGAGGUAGUAGUGUCAAAGAUUGCGGGGGGAAGGAACACCGGCCAUCUUCACCGAUACGCUGUUACGCCUUUCCCAUCGUGGAACCCGCCAAAAUGCAAGCCUAUCCCGAUUCUGUGGGGCGUUCCAGCUGCACUCACUUCUUGCCACGCACGGUGGACUUUAUUGUUUGCAAUAGUCAGACUACCAUACUUGAUAUCUUGACCGAGACGCGCAAGCUGCUGGGCAUAUACGAUUCUGACACAUUGACGUCGUUAGUUGAGUGUGCAAACGUAUCGGUACUAGUUCGCAACAUCUACGCUAGAUUGUUCACACCUUUUCAGGGUAGAUUACUAACUUGGACUGAAAGGAUCAGCGUUCGCUUUCGUUUCAGCCAGCUUUCGCCUUCCAUCUACUUGGUGUUCUCAACAGCUAACAGGAAAGUCAUUAGUGCAGUAUGUACCCCGUCAGGUAAGAGACUAUGCACAGUCUUCCAGUAUUGCAAGUGCGCAAAAUUUAGUAAUCCUCAAGAUUACAAGUAAUGACUUACCAAAUAAAUUUCCUAAACAAGAAUGCUUCAACAACCGUCUGAAGUCCUCUUAAGGAGGGCAUAUGUAUUGUUGAGUUCUGUUUGCCUCUAAAAAAGUUACUAUAGAGGUUGUCGUUUGUGGAUUACGCAAGGGUUCAACGGCAUACUAUAAAGAGGAACGAGCUCUAACAUCUCUGCAAUAGGCGCUCUCAGGGCAGCUGUCAGAUGUGGGGCGAUGUGAAGCUGCGUCUGCACUCUGAUACUACGGGACCUUUAUGGUAACGAGAGCGGACUAGUAAACUAUUCCAGAGCCCUACUAACAACCAGUUUCGGCUGCUUACUGAGAAUGUGAAACUAUUUAAAAUCGCACCCAAACAUAAGGCGAUGUGACGAAUUGAGGUAGGCCGCAAUCCUUUCCCCAACAAAGUCAACCGACCUACCAUCUGUUGUCCCGUUAAUCAUUCUAGUGCAGUCUUCUUCAACAGGGUUUGUACUACCUAGAGGACCAGCAUAGGACUAUGAAUCCCAGUCAGUCUAUUCGUAAAAGUAAUCAUGCUUUUCUAAUUUAUCCACAACACCAGAAAGCGUGAUCGCUGUGCACAGCAAUAGUGACAGUGUUCUUGCCGUUUUCUUAGAUCUCAACAGGGCCUCUGACACAGUUAGCCAUCACUUGUUCAUGACAGUUCGACUGUCGUGACCGAAGAUAUCCACCGUGUGCUCCACAGCUGGAUGAGAGCAGACACGGGGACUUUAGCGCGGAUUCGUCUAUAAUGGCAGUAGACCUGCACAUCAUCUACCGCACUCUCUCCUCCCCCACUUGGAUGCGGUGUCAAGACAGAUUCGAGAAGGCCGGAUGCGGGGGAGGGCAUAGGUGGCUGGCGCGACAAAACCUCCUACCUUGGCGUACCACUACACGCCCUGGUCUACAAAUAACACGAGGACUUUAACCAUUAACAAAAGUGGGAGGACGGCAGGGAUCCCAAUGUGCGCGACGUGAGCCGGCAACUGGACCUGUCGCCACACCCCGAAUGUUGGCAUUUGUUAUAAGUGUGAAUUUCGAUAACGCUUGCCAGAAUCCAAUCUAGCCCCUGUGUUGGUUCAGCGCAUCUGCCACGUCACCCGUUUUGGGAGUACAACUUGUUCAUACGGUGUUUCAAAUCGGCGUUUUAACCAGGAACACAAAGUGCGGCAUGGACUAUGUUGCUUGCCCACACUGGGGCUCAUCAAAAACCUAUAGUAGGAUCUCAGUAGGUCCCAGUGUUAGAGGAAGAGCUCCCUCGGUCGACAUUGUAACGUUUUUAUUUCCCCCCUUAUAUCCUUGCUUUUGUGUAUGAAAUUCACCUGAGAGUACGUAGAGAAAGUUUUUUUGAUUACUGCGGACAAUCCCUCCUCACCAACAGUCGUUUCUCACUUUUUUUAGACGGCCGCAUUGGAAGGACGGGUCGACUGCAUCACUGGUACUUCUCGUCAACAAUGUCCUUUAUAUAUCAAACAUUGGCGACUCGGGGGUGAGUGUCCUCUAUCUCCUUGAAAACCGCGCUCUUCUUUUCUACUGAUUAUUUGUCUCCUUUACAACUGUUCGGUCAAUGAUGCUACUUCUGAUAAGGUUUUCUGACAGUCUGCCACUCGCCGGCCUUACCUACUAACUUGUCAGUGUUGCGAAUCAGGCCAAAACGCGGUGCAUCUGUUUGGCACAACAUCCGGGAGGAUGGCGAACGAAUUUUUCCAUCGUCUUUUCUGCGGACAGUCAAAACUGAUUUAGGCACUUGUUCGUGAAUAAGUCUUUGCAUAUGAUGGGGGUUUCGCAGCCCCUUUGACUCGACAGCGUUAAAAUAAUUAUUUGGACGGUCGUGUCUAGCGGACGUAGACGAGCCCUGAUAAGGGUUAGUGGUUUGAGCUCAUGCAGCAGCACAACCUCAGGUAUUUUCUGAUCAACAAAGCUGUGACUCGAUUCGCUAGGUCUGCUAAUACAUGCACAGGGGGUUUUAAAAGCACUCUCGGAACCCUUAUCGUAUGAACGCUUAAGCCCAACCGACAGUGCAAGAGCCCAAAAAUUCCUCUACAUUUCUGUUUUGGAAAGUCGCUGUAGGGAACGGUCGCGGAUCAAUUCAACAUGGGAUCAUAUUUUUUCCAUUUGGUUACUUCUGGACCUGGUAGUAGGGGUCAUCGUUAUUAUAAGUUUAGCUGAUCAUCAGAACGUCGCCGUACAUAUUUUCUGUCUUAAACCUAUCUGACGUUCAUCAGUGACCGAUCUGGGUCAUAACAGCGAGAUUCCUCACCUUUCGAACUAUUUCACAAAUUGCAUACUUUGGUGUUCUCAAACCUUUAGACACAACUCCUGCUAUUCCAACUUCUUACCCCAGUGACCUUUUUGAUAUCUUCUUCCAACCUCUAUUCCCUCUCUUCGUCGUUAGUCUUAAUCGUCUCGCAUUUAUUCUCAUAACUAAAUUCACCCUCCCCUGCUCCUACUCCACACCAGCAGCCGACCUGCACGCAUAUCGGUCUAGCAGUAAAUGGUUGUCCUGAUAUGGAAAUUCCGUGUCUCGGAGUCACCACCGCAAUAUCUAUGUCGUUUUGAUCGCGAUGGCAAGAAUCUUUUUCUCCUGACGUUUCUGUUUCAUGUUUGAACCCAUAAUCAUGGAUAUAGAGCUAGACAAAGAUACAGUUGCUGCACAAGCACAUAGCUGCCAAAAUUAACAACUACAUUCGUCAUCGGUGUCUGUAGUCGAAAUGAUAAUUGAUUGUUUGCCUUUGUCCUGUUAUGAUUUUUUUACCUUUGCCGCUCGUCAACGUGAUGAUUACUCUGUCUGUGGGAGGCUCAGUGCUAUGCUCUUCGACAGUAUUCAUCUAGACUGCCCGCUGUUUAUUGGUGCAGGCAAAAAAGCUGAAUAUAGGAGAUAGGUCAUUGUGUUUGGUGGUGGGCGAUGGGCAGGACGACCGUAGUUCAAGCAGCCCUCAACUCACCUGACUGUUACCUCUCACAAGGAUCACAGGCGGGUGCUCAUUGCUUGAGGUUUGACGCUCACUCCACUAAUGAUGCAUGUUCGGCCAUCCUCUGACGAAGUAAUUUUCCCAUCACCUUCGACAUGACUGAUCUGCCCUAAAGUGUCUAAAAGGCGUAUUGCCAUAGCAGGGGCCUUUCGGUCUCACCACUACACUUUCGAUAAUUGCCCCUGGCUUACAUCCAGCCCAACUGUCAGCGGUGUGAGAAGACGCCCGGCCGCGUUUGCCAAAGAUUUAGUCUGCUCUCUUUUGUGUACUUACUGUCGACCAAAUUGAGCGGGCAGGCAUUUGCCCUGGAUACUCGUCGGAAUUAAUGCAGUUCUACAGUCUCGUCUGUCGGUUCACUGCAGUGCGUUUCAAUUCUACGAUAGAGCUGUGUUUCUGGAUGCUUAUGUGGCGGCUGUUGUCUCUCAUUUCUUACGUAGCGUUUGUUACUUUUCUGGAAACUUUGGCUUUAGACCAGUGCGGUCUUUGCGACCGAAGAGGACGUCAGCCAGCGUGCAAUGUUUUUCCGGAGACUGCAGUAUUUUGCCCGGUCUUCUGACUUGUCAUGACAGUGUAAUCUGAAUGGAACAGUAUCGUCACGGUCACCGUCAACGACAUCUACCACUAUCUUAGAUGCAAAGCACAGACUACUUCAUAAAGACGAUAAUUUUUAAGAACUCCCAAGCCCGACAAUAUCGGGUAGUGACGAAAACUGUAACACUUCCAGCAAUUAUACCGUACCGCCACAAGCACAUGCGCCAGGAUUGAAGCGGGCGGAGGCUGAAAACGCGACCGCACUGACACAACCCAAGCCAGUCGGAAGAGUGGUAAGUAGGGGCUUUAUGAUGGGGGAAGUUGUAACCUAGAAAGCAAAUGCAGAGGUCAGAAUAAGGCAAGUCAUAAGUAUGAAGAAAGUUGUUUAGGUACGCUAGUUCAGUUUGCAAACCAGCGCACAAUUUGACAAACUGUGUCUCGAAAUGUCUAGCGGGUCGCCAACCUCUGAAAAGCGACUAAUUUCUCGAAAAUCGGACGAAUCAACGAUGGUCAUUAUUUUUAAUCAAUUAUUAAUUUAGCCGAUUUUGUUGAAUUUAAUUAUUAUUGUUAUCAAAUUGAUGAGUACUCAGCCAACGAUUAUUGAAACAUUGGACAUAACCCUAAUACUAACUAUGACACUAACCCGAUCUUUCAACCCUUAACUUUACCUGACCCUAGUCGUAAGCUAGCCAUAAUUUUUAAACCUAUGCCCAAUUUCGGGCCCUAACCCUUAACCCAAACCAUAGCCGUAACUCUUAACCUAAGCCUAUCCCAAAUCCUAACCUUAACCUGGUCUGUGAACCCUAAUCUUUGCUCCAACCCAUAAUUUUUGAGCCUAAACGCAACCCUUAUUUUUAAACCUUAGCUCUAACCCUAAUCAUUGAAGCCUAAAUCCAACACUAGCCCUAAGCCUAGAUCUAAUCUUUAACUUCUGACACUUACUCUCAAACCUGACGUCAACUCCAAAACUAACCCUAACCCUUAUCUCUGAGCCCUAACCUUUAAACUCUAGUCCUAAUACAAAUUCGGCACGCCCACUCCGACCGCCAGGACCGGCAGACAACAACAAGAAAUGCCAACAGCCGGUAACCCAAUCCCCACUCGAAGCAGGCGGUAGACCCUCAGUCCUUGGAACAAGGGUAAUUGCUAACCCUGUCCCCCUCAUCGUCCCUCACCACUAAAACCAGACAUAAUUCCGUAGACCCAAAAUUUAGGAACUUGCUUCUGGGAGGAAGCCAUACCGUCCCAUUUUUCAUGAACACCAGCACGCCUACCGAAAACAAUCUCAGUAGUAACAACGGAAAGGAAUCAAGACGUGCGGCCAAGUUGUCAGCCCCCACCGUAAAGCGACAGAAGUGGCAACUUUUACGCACGAAUACGUCAACUCUGCCGAGUACCAGCUGACGGGUAGUAAGAUUACGUUAACCUAGUAGCCAAUGAGAACAAAACCAAGAAUCUGGGUUACGCGUAUGUCUACCCACAAUCUGAUGCUACGCUGGACGUGGAGGGAAAAAAAUAGUGAAAGAACGCUCUUCCAGGGGGGCACUGUUUCAGCGAGCAUUUUAAUCAACCGCAGGAAGUCUCGAUAUUGUCAGCCUGCGAUUCGUUCAGCAAGUUGCAUAUUCUUCUUUUACCGAUGGUAUCAACGUCAGUCCUGCGAAGUUUGCCUUUAAAAGGCCAAAUCGGUGGUACCGUUCAGUGUUUGACAACUAACACCAUAGCCCAUGUUCCAGGCGGACAUCACAACUUCACAUGCUAACAUUUGUGACCGUUUGUGAAGUGCGAUGCCGCCAGCUUCCUGCCCGCGGUGAACCCCCCAGGUUAUGAUUCUGAUUAAAACGAUUUUAGAUACCAUUUCCCCCCUGUCUCUUCUAAUUUUCCUCAUGAGCAUAAUUUGUGUCUAAACGAGUUGAACCUUCCUCUCACCUGUUUCUGCAGGUUGUGCUUGGUCGAAUUCGAGACACUGAAAAGGAGUCCUCAGGCAAGCAUGCGACGCCAACUACCAAGGAUACUGAUGACAGAGAGCGACACGUUCCCGAGAAAACUGCGUCUCUUUACGCUGUCUCACUGACGAGGGAUCACACGCCCCUUGAGUACGAGGAGCGCCAACGCAUUCUUAAGUUCGGGGCCACCGUGUUGAACGGACGCAUAAACAAUGCCAUCGAAGUCAGUCGCUCAUUCGGUGAUUACCAGUUCAAGAAGCAGGGCGUCACCUGCAUACCUGACGUCAACAAAUAUGACCUUACAAGUGAUGACAAGUAAGUCCUACCUUCCACAUUACCCUCCUCCUCCUGUCCUAGCCUCUGCACCUGUGCUGUUCGAUUCUGCAUUAGAACGCGGAAGAUGCUCCCAGGAGCCUCUAGCGUUUAAUUGGUUUUAUUCGAGUUGUUAUUUGUGCGUGGACCUUUCCUCGUCUGCCUUAUGCUGGUCUUCAUGCAAUCGUCCAUUCUUGCCUAAUACGGAAUUAUUCGCAAAAAUCCAUAUAAUAAGCGUUUGACGCACAUCCUCCGUGACUCUUUUCUGUUUCAUGCCACUAGUGAAAAAUGCACCGGUUCUAUUUCUUACAUUCUGUCUGCAUAUUCUCGAUGAUUUCGGUACAAUGUGUUUCGUCAUGAAGACAAUCCUUUGCACCGGUUAGGUUAAGCAGCGUAUGCUCGUCGAAUUGGCGACUUCAUGAAACCGAACCAAUUCCUCUUCAUAGUUUGGGCUAGCGUUGGGCCACUGCACUGUUCAGCUUGUGCAAAUUGACAUUCUCGAAACAAAUAUUUUCAAAUAGGGACUUCGUUUAGGUGGUAGACGUCGUAUCUUCAAGGUGGAGUGCAGACUGAACCGUUUGAUUUCCGGGGACAACAGUAUUAUCCUUCAGCCCGACGCCAUUAGGUAAGUACCGUCAAAAAUGGCAGGAGAGAGAGAGAGAGAGCUCUUACACGAACUUACCGGUGGCUAAGGCGUACCAAUUACGCCACACAAUCAAGUUGUUGAAACUGGAGAAGUCAGUUUGAGGUGGAAGUACAUUUUUGGUUAGUCAUCUUGCAUGCGUAAACAAGACGAGAGACUAGGCCACCUUUUGGCUAGCACUCGAAUAUGUUAGGAAAGUCUCGGAAGCGGUUAGCCACCUUAAAUCACUUGCAUUUGAGGUGGCACACAGAUCAGAUGCAAAUAUCAGGCGUCAAGAAAUGAAAUCAAAAGAUUUACUCCAACGGCAGGACAUGUCUGCAGUCGUUUACUGGACCUGGUGCAGUUUCGGGCAAAGCAACUAUUUUGGAGAAAGUGGGGGAUGAUCCUGGAUACGGAUGAUCGAACAGGCAGCCUCAGUGAAGCGGAGUAGCGCCAGUUCUCAAGUCGCAGCUCUUUCGGCAGGAUCCGAUCACAUCUUUAGAUCUGACUAGAUCGAUUUUUUUCAAGAGGUGACAACCACGUGGACUGUGAGCUGCUAAAUUCGUGGUUCUCCGGCCGAUGGCUGAUUAGCAACUGCAACGGCCUCCGCCCUCCUUAUUCAGCGCAAUAACUUUGCCUGUUCAGAAUAAUUAACCAUGUGGCAAAGACGCAAACGAACAACGCUUCCAAUGACAGUAUCGGUGGGUCUAAUUGUCGAGUCGCUAUCACUCCAGUAAUCAAUAUCAGUGACGAAAUUACGGCAUUCGGCGACUCGGAUGUGGACGAGUAAGCAAUCCCCGUACCAGUUACCAACAUCGGGCAUUGACGCAGGGACUGCAUGCAUGUGGUUGCAUGCAACCGCACCCUAUAAAUCCUGAGCCCCUUUGCGUUCGUCACCCUGUCUCUGACGGUGGGUUCAAGUGAGAACGUCGGGCUGCUAAAAGUCUCUUUUCAAUGAUGAAUGUAGUUGUAUAAACUCCAUCUUUCCUAACGGGUCAUGUGUCUGGCCCCGCCGGGUAUAGGUGUGAAUUGCACUAUAGCUUGCAGACUGCAGAUACUGUGCCUCGCAAAGUUAUUACGAGAAUAACGCCUCAGUCCAGUUUUAUUAAGGGAAAGACAGGCGAAUGCCUUUGAGCCCCCUAUUAGUCGCAUGGACGCCACAAUCGUCCACCUCUACAAGUGCAAAGGAAACUGCAAAAUCUGCGACAACCACCGAGGCGUCUCCCUGCUGAACAUCGCCGGGAGGGUCUUCGUUAGCAUCCUUCUCAACCGCCUGAACAGGAUCUUAUGCCGGAAAGCCAGCACGGCUUCCGUCUUCGUCGUGGGAUCACCGGCAUGAUCUUCGCCGCCCGUCAACUGCAGGAGAAGUGUCAGGGGAUGCGGACCCACCUUCGUGGAUCUGACGAGCGCCUUCGAAACGGUGAAUCGCGAAGGACUGUAGAAAAUCAUGCAGAAAUUCGGCUGUCCCGAACGACUCACUCAAAUGGUGCUUCAGCUCCACGAUGGUAUGAUGGCGCGAGUCACAGACAAUGGAGCUGUCUCAGAGGCAUUCAUAGUGACCAACGGAUUAAGGCAGGGCUGCGUCCUCGCGCCUACCCUCUUCAGUCUCACGUCCUCUGCCAUGCUGAUGGACGCCUACCAUGACGAACGCCCUGGGAUCCUCAUCGCUUACAGAACGGAUGGCCACCUCAUCACAGGCGGAUGCGCUUCUAAUCGCGUUAUCCAUAACUGCCGUUCAUGAACUUCUCUUCGUCGACGACUGCGCCCUCAACACCACCUCGGAAGGGGACAUGCAAAAGAGCAUGGAUGUCUUUGCCGCCGCCUCUGGAAAACUUUGGCCUGGUCAUCAACAUGGAUAAGACGGUGGUCGUGCAUCAACGCCAAACUAAAGGUGUACAGGGCAGACGUUCUGCUGACUCUGCCGUAUGGAACGGAGACCUGGACGGUCUACAAGAAGCAGGCGCGGAGACAAUCACUUCCACCUCACCUGUCUUCGACGGAUACUGCGGUGGAGAUGACAGGACCGAACCCCAUACAAGGAUGUACUGGCAUGGACGGGAAUCCUCAUCAUCUACGCCAUGCGGAGACAACUGUAAGUGUGUUAGAGCGGCCUCCUCGUGCGGAUGGAGGACGAGCGGGUACCCAAAAGACAUGUACGGAGAUGUCACCGCGGGUUCCUGCCGCCAAGGAGGCGAGAUCUGUCGCCACGAGGACACUCUGAAGACUUCCCUGAGGCGUCUUCAGAUCAACCCGGCCGAUUGAGAAGACCUCGCUCAAGACCGACCGUCCUGGGGGAGGACAGUGAAGACGGGCACAGCGAUCUAAGAAGCCAACCGUAUCACCGCCGCCAAAGCCAAACGCGAGACUCGUAAAUCUUAACUGCACCCGCAACGCCAACGCUCAAUGGCCCCCGACCCGCCCACGCUGCCAGCGGACCUUCCGGGCACCAAUCGGCCUUUUAGGACAUCUUCGUGCUAGCUGCAGCACCCGGACUACACCAGCCGCUGACCCCCCCCCCCCGUCAAACUCUUCCUCGUCUCCAACACGGACAACUAACACUGACUGCAAUCCCGAGCCCCCUUCUACAUCGCCUUAACAUCUGCUGCGGCGGCUUCCGUACCCACUACCCCUAUACACAAUCCAGACGCGCCAAAAAACACAAACAUUAACCGUCACCGUGAUGGCUAACGAUGUGGACUCGGUCGAUACGUGUCCUUAUUGCGACUGCACCUUCACCUCACGCAUCGAUCUGGCCGGUCACUUGUGAAUCCAUCUCACAGAGACUGGUGAACCAGUGCCUGAAGCACCAACCUACACUCGCCGCAGUCGCCUCCACUGUCCACACUGCCCCCGCACCCUCACUCACCGCAUGGGUCUAUUUGGUUUGACACACCUAGCACCUCUUGCACGUCCAUCAUGCUUAGCUCAACCCAAAUCCCGCCGCCCAGCACGGCCAUAAUCAGCAGCCCCACCACUGCGACCAUCUCCGAAGCCGACACCCCGACCCCUCCUGUCCACACUUCCCUGGUACAUUCACCCCACGCGUCGGCCUGGUCAGUCACUUGCGAAUCCAUCUCACGGAGACAGGCGAACCAGUGCCCCGAGCACCAACCUACACCCGACGCAUCCGUCUUAACUGCCCUCACUGCACCCGCACAUCCAUCCACUACAUGAGCCACAUGCACAUCCACGAAAACCUGCGGUAGACAACUGCCGGCUAUGCCAAACCAUCACAUCUUCCUCCACCAACACCUGAAUCACACAACAUCAUCACCCACCAUCAGCAUCAAAUUGCCACCUCCCGCGCAUGGGGGAAGUGUACGUCUCGGCUCCGUCUCCAUGCGGCUCCCAGGGGGCUGUUGAAUGAAACGCCAGGGUGCGGGCUCGACCGUGCCAUCCACCUGCGCCCUCCCCCGCCUCCGGUAUUGACUGUCUUGACACCGGGCCUAGGUGGGUAAGGAGGAGAGAAUGCGGUAGAUGCAGCGCAAGUCAACUAUCACUGUAAACUAUUUCGCACACAAGUCACCGUCCCUGUCCCACCUUUUUGUGGGGCAAACGGUGGACAUCGUCGGAAACGACGGUCGAACUUUCAGUCGCAAAAAAAUCACCAGAACGUAAAGGACCCUGAAAAGGGGAUUGUUUACAUACAACAGUCAAGUGGCUGUGUUGGUCAAGCUUCCUUUUAAAAGUGUCCAUGGAUGGGGGCAGGACGACGUCCGCAAACGGAGCUUUCCGGGCCUUUAUGGCUCUGUUAGAAAAUAAAAACCUCCCUUGUAACGUUCUCACGUAUUUGUGCGCAAACUCGUUACGUUCGACUCGGUCUUUCAUUAGUUUAACAGGCAUGCUAACUUCUACAAGUCGGGUGUAUAGCUUGGCCGUAUAUUGUGCGUCCCCUAACACUAAAAGACUCGUGUAUUGUCGAAGGUCCGCCAAAAGCCUCGUUCUACUUUUAAGGGGUCAAUUUGACGUGAACGUUUGUUUCUGACUUAUUAUCUUCAGGCCCGUUAUAUUACUUUGCAACAAGGUAUUACACCUGUGCGGAUGACAAGGCAACUGGCAUGGAAGGGACAGGAAAAUAUUUGCACGUGGCCAAGAACCCAAGUUGGACUCUCUCCUAGUGGACAAGGGUUCCUCUCGUAGAUGGAUUCAGUUCGGUCAUUAGGUGGCGGAAGUGCUUGACUUUCAUUAUUCCUUCGGAUUACCUCUUCAUCCGUCUCAUCCGUGCCCGUAUUUCGAAAACAUCUUCGUGCCCAACUUGAAACCUAUUGCUAGUCGACCCUACUCCAAUUCUGUCAUAGUCUCUAGCACUUUCUCGUGUCCCCAUAAUAGUCCUCAUGAGAGUGGUUCUUCAUCGCCCUGGAUGGGACAUUCUCGCUCCUCUUUCGUCUUGUAGUUAGAGAAUAGGGCCCUCGUUGGCAGUCGCCCUCUUGAAGCAAUCGAUGGUCUAGAAGGAAUACUAUCGCGGUACUACUGACAAAGGUGGAGUCGGGCCUCGGAGGUUCACGCACAGAACUUGUUUAGCGAGAAAACGGCAAGAAUAUAUAUAUCGGAACUGGUCGAAAGUGGAUUUUGCCCACGUUGUACGCCGACUGGUUUCCUACUCAGUCGCAUUCGUUCGCUUGGGUACCGCGCCGUGUAUCCGAGUGCUAACCCCACCGCAAACUAGGAUACGCGUUCAGCUUUAAGAAUAGCCCUAGUUGUGCUGUGAAACACUUAUAGUAGAAUAUUGCCUGUUUUUGCUGGGAAAGUAAAACAUUAUUUUCAUCGAACACCACCUCUUGAACGCUCGCUUCCAGUCUGUCGGCUAAAGCUGCUCAAGAAAUACCAAGUAACAUCUGCUUAAGCCCCUUUCCUUUUCGGUACCUACCGAAAUAGGCUAUGGCCAAUGACUGCAUGGUUCAAGUGUGCCUGUGCAGUUUUCGUCACUCAAACACUGAUACUUUUUAAAAGUGGAUUUUUUUCGGUUUUCAGGUGAGAAUUUAGAAAAGUCCACGCGGUUUAAACCCCGUAGAUUGUUCGGCUGAAGACUGAUGAAUACCGAAGAAUGGCCGUCUAGCGAGCUUGUCAUUAAACGAUUGCAGGUAUGAGUUGAAAACGUCGUUGGACGUUAGCGUGUGGACACCAGGAAAAAGGGAUACUGCUGAGGCCGCAAAAAAUACUGUAGAAACGUCGCUUACUGGGUUGGAAAGAUUUGGCUAUUCGCAAUUACGACCCUGCGUAUGGUUACCAUCUAUUCUGAACGAGACCAAACGCCAGUCAACGGUGUCGAAACUGGGUCGUUAGUCCUAAAUUCUUCUCGCUUGAUUGCAUAACGUGCGGUCUGUUUAUCGCAUGAAUUCCCUUCAACAGUGAGGAAGUGAACGUCCGCUUUUGCGGAAAUAGAUAGACAUUUUCGGUAGAAGAGCCUUUAAAUUGUUAUCUUACUCAUACGAACAACAGGGGUUUUAAAAGUUGCUUUUGUUGAAAUAAAUAGUUAAAGCGAGAAGUUCAUAUCCGUCAACGGCAUAUACACGUAGCCUGUAAACAUCGUCAUUGCUUGGUACGAUCAAACAGAGAAUAUAAUUUAGCCAAUAAUUGCACUGUUGCUUUAAGGCAGAACGGUGUCCGUGAGUGAAAACAGGAAAACGGUGGCGGCUUUUUGACAUUGAAGUGCAUACUGAGUAGUAUUUCGAACUUCAGUGUUGUUUAAGACUUGGGCAUUGGAACCCGUAGGUUAUUUAGUUAAAAUCCUUAGUAGGAAAAACUGUCACACUCUUAUUUCUACAAACUAAGUUUGCAUAAAGAGGUUUUCUUAAGUUGUUGACUUCGCUGUUGAUAAAAUUUUUUCCAAAAACCUUUAUUUAAAAAAACCUCUGAGUUCUGAUGUUGGAUGUUGCUUUUCGCCGCAUUGAGUGCUUGAGGCUGUUUGUAAGUCAGCAACCAUAGGGUCGUAUUCGUAGGGACAAAACGAGCUUUCCCGUUUUGAGGGAGGUCACUUCGUGGCAUGGACCGGAUUACAGUUUAACUGCUGUAGGUUACGAAUAACAUGAAAGUGACUCCUCAGCGAUAGAAUUGCAGGAAGGAACGGGUUUGCUAUGAUUCGUCGUGGAAUUCCAGUCACGCAUUAACCAGAAACCAGUGUAGAAGCCAUAGUGAUGAAGACGGAAGAUAAGGUGGCCAUUUCUAACUUAAUUUCGUCAAAAAGCAGCCGCGACGAUCUGGCCCAUUGCCAACUGGUUGUCGGGGUCAUGAGACAGGGGUUCUACCACCUGAACCACGGAGUUCUCGCUUUGUCAACUGUAGUCAGUAUUAUGCAUCUCAUGAAGUCGAGGCCCCACCAGUCCGAUUGUAGAAGGAAUAUAGUUAUCCGAUUUUGUCUUACGCCUGGUCCGGCGUUCCAUGUUCUGUUUAUCGUGCUGAUGACGCAGCUAUGCUGAAACUAACCACUCCAUCCUCCCUCAUAUUUUUCGGUAUUCAGCACGGUUCAGUUCAUACAGAUGUCAUGUUACAGUACGCCCACACUACUUGCUCGCUCAUUUUCCCCAAGCACUAGACCAUCAAUUACCUUUUUUAUUCUACUGCCUUUCCUGAGUCCUUCAAAUCCGUCAUCUGCAACAAUUUCUAAAUUGGAGUAUCUACCAGAAAUCAGACGGGGAAUGCUGGGGGACCCACUAAUGAGCCUAACACCUCACAGCUGUGUCAUGCAGCGGCAGAAUAUCGGCGAAACACGCGUGUAUGGGCUUUUGGCUAGUAACUGCCCUGUUAGUAUGCAAUCCCCUUACCCUGCUGAUUUUAGUCGUAUUUUUGGGCGUUUGCUAAACUGUCUUUUAAAUAGUUUUAAGUUAUUACGGUGUGCUCUUUACUUUAAAUCGAAAAGUUUCUCUGACGAGAACAAGAUUGGCAGGGCAAUUUUUGUCUGAUCUGUCGUCAUUAACCAUGACUAGGGCUUGAAAGCCAAAGAAAACUGUUCGCUGCCGAUAGGUGAGUGCUAAUUAAAUGGGAAUUUGUUCACAAAACUGGCUGCAGUUGACUGUCAUAGAGGGAGUACUGCAAAGUGUAAUUAAUUUUCGAAGCAGAAGCCACUCGUUUCCAGUUUGCCGAAAAUAUUCUAAACGUGCAAGCAUCUUAUUCGGAGGUUUCCUUGGAUUUGUAGCUCAGACUACGCCUGUAGGAGCAAACUAUGUGCAGAAGCAAAGACAAUAGAUCAUAGGUUUUGUUCUAAUUCACCUCUCUUUUCUCAUUCCCUCUAGAUUCCUCCUGAUUGCUUGCGAUGGUUUAUGGAAGUGUUUCCCUCCCGACGAGGCCGUGGCCCUCACUAAACGUCUGUUGGCCGCAAAUGACGUCAACCUAGACGUAAGCUCGGCUCCAUAUCUGUUUUUGAACAUAAUUUUAAGAAAAUGAUGUAUUUGAGUGCAAGUGUUUGAAUUAGUCGGUGUCCCCAGCACAUUUUAUACGCCCGUUAGCUCAUCCUAGGGUAAAUCACCGAACUCACGGUUAGAACACGCUUUCUGAUAGUGUAAAAUUACUACCUGGUAAAAGUCCUUGCCUGCAUAUAACAGGAUUGUCGCUCAAACAACAAAAUGCUAUGGAUUGAGUUAUUCAGCUGGUUUAAAUUACGACUGUGCUUCACGAAUUUGGGCGUAGGUAGGUCUUACAAGUCUAGUAGUAAAGAGUUUCCCCAAUUCCCAUAGUACAUACUGGCAAGCAUGCUGCUGUCGUUAAGCAGGAAGUUCCUCCGCAAGUCCAAUCAAAACGCUCAGACUAUAGCAAUCCUAUUUAUAAAGGCGGUUAAGUCGCGCGCCGGACAGUGUGGGAGGCGACUAACUGGAGAGAUGCUCAGGCUACCCUUACCUCGUACCACUUUAGGGUUCCUGAAUCGUGGCGAACGUCUACGAGUGGUCUUACUGAAGGCAACUUACAUCGAAGUAACCUCUUCUGUUUUGAAUCCUAUGUCACUGCCUCACAAGCCCCCAGCGCAUCUAUUUGAGUACUUGUUGUACGCCAGUUCUACCAAUCACCGACGAUUGACAAGUGAGGUGUCAGACUUAAAUCGCAUAAUCCGGUAACCACCGUCGAUGCUGCCUCGGAAUCGCAUUUUAACCUCUAUCAAACUAGGUCGUAUUAUAAUUUGUAACUGUGAGACACUUCUUUAAUAGUACUGACAGUUGACCUUGUUGAAGAAUGAUUUUUCUUUCUUAGAAACCUGGAUGUGAUCUCGUCGCACUGCAGCACUCCAUUGACGCAGUCUGCAAACAGUUGGUCACUGAGGCCGUUCUCCGCUUAUCCGGAGACAACGUCACUUGCAUCCUCGUCCUUCUUCUUGACCCUGAGACAGCAUAUGGCUCAUCCUGUAGCCCGUCCUCUCAUCAGUAG